UCGCUUGUUGUGUUGUCAUCACGUGGCCUGGGCGGGCCCUGACGUCAGGGGCAGGGGAGGGACAGCGCAGGCGCAGAAAAGGGGGCGGGGGACUCGGCUUGUUGUGUUGCUGCCUGGGAUCCUGAGACGGUCCUGCUGCUGCCGGAGCCCUGCCAGCUGUCCGACGAUGUCCCACCUAGUCGAGCCGCCGCCACCCCUGCACAACAACAACAACAACUGCGAGGAAAGUGGCCAGUCUCUGCCGCAGCCGGCCGGCCUCAACAGUUCCUGGGUGGAGCUCCCCAUGAGCAGCAGCAAUGGCAAUGAUAAUGGCAAUGGGAAAAAUGGGGGGCUGGAACACGUACCGUCCUCAUCCUCCAUCCACAAUGGAGACAUGGAGAAGAUUCUACUGGAUGCACAACAUGAAUCAGGACAGAGUAGUUCAAGAGGCAGUUCUCACUGUGACAGCCCUUCGCCACAAGAAGAUGGGCAGAUCAUGUUUGAUGUGGAAAUGCACACCAGCAGGGACCAUAGCUCUCAGUCAGAAGAAGAAGUUGUAGAAGGAGAGAAGGAAGUUGAGGCUUUGAAGAAAAGUGCGGACUGGGUGUCAGACUGGUCCAGUAGACCCGAAAACAUUCCACCCAAGGAGUUCCACUUCAGACACCCUAAACGUUCUGUGUCUUUAAGCAUGAGGAAAAGUGGAGCCAUGAAGAAAGGGGGUAUUUUCUCUGCAGAAUUUCUGAAGGUCUUCAUUCCAUCUCUCUUCCUUUCUCAUGUUUUGGCUUUGGGGCUAGGCAUCUAUAUUGGAAAGCGACUGAGCACACCCUCUGCCAGCACCUACUGAGGGAAAGGAAAAGCCCCUGGAAAUGCGUGUGACCUGUGAAGUGGUGUAUUGUCACAGUAGCUUAUUUGAACUUGAGACCAUUGUAAGCAUGACCCAACCUACCACCCUGUUUUUACAUAUCCAAUUCCAGUAACUCUCCAAUCCAGUAUUUUAUUCAAACUCUGUUGAGACAUUUUACUAACCUUAUACCCUUUUUGGCCUGUAAGACAUUUUAGAAUUUCCUAACAGAGUUUACUGUUGUUUAGAAAUUUGCAAGGGCUUCUUUUCCGCAAAUGCCACCAGCAGAUUAUAAUUUUGUCAACAAUGCUAUUAUCUCUAAUUAGUACCACCAGACUAGACCUGUAUCAUUCAUGGUAUAAAUUUUACUCUUGCAACAUAACUACCAUCUCUCUCUUAAAACGAGAUCAGGUUAGCAAAUGAUGUAAAAGAAGCUUAUUGUCUAGUUGUUUUUUUCCCCCAAGACAAAGGCAAGCUUCCCUCAGUUUGCGUUGAUAGUUAUUAAAAAGAAAACAAAAAAAAAAGCAAGACACAAGAAAAAAAUAUCCUGGGCAAUAAAAAAAUUAUUUUAAACCA